AGGACAUCUCGUUAGUCACUAGUGGUGAAUUUGUCUGGAGAACAUUUGGUUGCAAAACAUAAUAAAGGCCAAGGAAACAAGAGGGACUGACACUGAACAGGAGCAGCGAUGAGAUUGGUCAGCGUGGCGGGGCCGAGGCUCCGCAGGGCCGCUGAGGAGGAGGAGAGGGAGCCCCCACCGCCUCCACCCCCCUCACACCACUCCAACCACCAGUUUGCUAGCAUGAAGAACAAGUUCUUCAAUGAGCUCACGCACCUGCCAAACCAUAAACUCAAGUUGCCCAUGUGGGCCGUGGGUGCCAUCGUGGUAGUGGUCCUUGCCCUUGUGGCCUGCCUAGGAUUCUGCAUCUACAAGAAGUGCUUCAACAAGGGCAAGAAGCCCAAGAAGGUCCGUGAGAGGAAGGGAGGACGAGGACGCAGAAAGAAGGAGAAGGAGGGAGAGGAGGGAGACGAGAAGAAGGAAGGAGAGGAAGGGAAGGAAGAGGAAGAGAAGGAGUUCUUUGGCAAGCUGGAGUACACACUGGACUAUAACUUUACUGAUAACCAGCUGAUAGUGGGCAUCCUCCAGGCUCAGGACCUCCCAGCCAUGGACAUGGGCGGGACCUCAGACCCCUACGUCAAAGUCUACAUGCUUCCAGACAAGAAGAAGAAGUUUGAAACCAAAGUUCAGCGCAAGAACCUGUGUCCAGUCUUCAACGAGACCUUCACCUUUAAGAUACCCUAUAGUGAGCUGGGCGGUCAGACUCUGGUGAUGCAGGUGUUUGACUUUGACCGUUUCGGUAAACAUGAUGUCAUCGGUGAGAUCAAGAUCGCCAUGAACAGUAUAGACCUUGGGCAGCCAAUACAUGAAUGGAAAGAUCUGGUUGGAGGAGAGAAAGAGGAGCAAGAGAAACUGGGUGAUAUCUGUAUUUCCCUUCGUUACGUCCCCACGGCCGGUAAGCUAACAGUUAACAUCAUGGAAGCCAAGAACCUGAAGAAGAUGGACGUUGGAGGACUGUCAGAUCCCUUUGUUAAGGUGGUGCUGCAGCACAACGGAAAGCGACUGAAGAAGAAGAAGACAUCAGUCAAACAAAACACUCUGAAUCCUUACUUCAACGAGAGCUUUAGCUUCGAGAUCCCUUUCUCCCAGAUCCAGAAAGUCCAGGUGCUGAUCACUGUGUACGACUACGACAAACUAGGCAGCAACGACCCCAUCGGCAAGUGCUGGAUCGGCUACGGCGCCUCAGGCGUUGGGUUGCGCCACUGGUCGGACAUGCUGGCCAAUCCCAGGCGUCCUGUGGCCCAGUGGCACACGCUGCUGCCUGAGGAGGAGGUGGAUGCUGCUCUGAAGGCCCCCAUUCGUUAAACACACUCGUACAGACACACAAAACAACCGUAGGUUUUAUAAAAUGACCUGUGAAUAGUGAAAAUCUGUAACGUGCUUCAGUUUCAGACCGGCAUUCAUUUUGUAAUAUUUCAGCAUGGGAUCUCUUUGUAUGACUACAUGUGUGCUUUAUAUUGUAUUGAAUACACACCAUUGACAUACAGUACAUGCAAAUUCAUUAUGUGCACUUGCAACACACUCGUAUUUAUAUUCAAACGCAAACACUGUACAGCUGAAUGCAUUUGUUCGUGCACUGGCACAUGAAUACUCAGACUACACAUUGACACUGAAUGACUCAAAUAUAGAGAAUUAAAGGGGUAUUCCAGCAGUUUAGCACUACACUUUCAUAAGAUUGGCAAACUCACAAGAUGCUGAUUUAAAAAUUGUUAAAAUCAAUGAAGCAGAGGCUAAGAUGUCCUGAAUUUUCUAAAACCCUGGAUCCUACACUUCCCAUGAUGCAACCAGCGUACUGUUUGUCAAGGCUAAGCAGAUCCUUAUUCAUAUUUAUGUUAAUACUGUGGUAUAAUUGAAGUAAGUGAGAUCAGUAGCUGCUGUUUUACUCUAUUAGUAUUUUCUCAAAAGCUAAAAUAAAUAAAUGGGAGACUCAACAAACAGCUAUGACCUGUCAGGUGUGGGUCACAUGACCAACAGCUUAGUCAAGCUAGCAUGGCUGCAGGUGAGCUAAACUGCGAGCAUGUUUAGUAUCCACUAAUUACCAGACUCAACUAAUUAACUCUAUAGAGAGUGAUGUGAUUUUUAUCCACUCCGUGAGAAAGAUAAGAGAAAAGCUUUCUGUUUGACUGAUGCUCAUCUGUUGUAGCAGAGCUGCUGUGUGGGUGUUUUCUUUCUACUAUUUUCCUCCUGUUUACCCUGAUAAGCUUCUCAUCUUCCAAAACGUCUAAACUUUUUUUUUUCCUAUGAAAUUUGUCGUAUUUAGUUACAUGUUUUUACUAAUUAUUGUUCUGUCUCUCUGUGGCUCCUUCUGUGCUUGUGUUUGAAUGACAGGAGAUCCUGCUUGGAGUGUCUGGUGGGUGUGUACAUCGAUGUGUGUGUGUGUGUGUAUUGUAUAUCAUAAAAAAAAUGGAAAGCUGUUCGUGGUCUCACUUUCGAUACAUAUGUGGAAAUAAAUAGCUGAAUAAAUAAAAUGUUUCCAAACGACAGAUGGCUCAGAGGGGGG